UCUGUGGCAAAGAUAGACACUUUUAGAAGCUCAGCUCGCCGAAACAUGUGUCAGCAAGAACCGAUCGCGUCCAAGGAAUCCGCGCAGCCCACUGUUCCUACGUCGCCGUCCUCGAUCGACUCCGCUCGCCUCGGCACGCCUGCGCUUUCCAACAGCAAGGAUUCCGACAGCGCUCAUCAAAACUCGGCACCGGUCUCUUUGCAAGGGUCAGCUCGCGGCUCACCUGGUUGCCCCUCGCCGCGCGCCAACUCGCGUGGAAGCUUCAGGGCUAGUCGGACUAGUUCUUGUGGGGACGCCAUGCGCGUGACGGUCCCGGUCAAGGGCGCCGAUAUGUCGAAGACGAUACCCGACAGCGACAUCGACGAUCCAGCUCCGACGUCCUCGUCUACUACGCUCUCUAUCGAUGAAAACGCGGCCAAAGGAAUUAAGCUCGACGAAGGUCAUAAUGCGCGCGACGCGUCUCCCGAUGUGGCUCGUAAGGCCAGCCCCGAUUCAAAGGACCAGAAGAGGCCAAUGACUCCCAGCGAGAGCUCCAGCCCUCAACCCAUCCCUGUCUUUAACAGCGCCACCUUCGGUCGGAAGGAUCCCGCGACCGGAAAAGACAUUCGCACAACCCGUCGCACGCGCGCUGGUCGACGAGCACCUACCUACGCGGAGGUCGGGCCCAGAGCGCCGAUGUCAGCGAACGUCAAACAUCCGUCUGCGAACGUUAACCACCCGGCUGCAUUUGCGAAGGUUUACACUGGCCAAGUGCAGCUUCCACCUCAUUCGGCCCCUCCGCUUUCGGCGGCGAUGUCAAGACUUCCCCUUCACCCAAUCACGGGCAACUUCCAGAUGCCACCAAACUUCAUGGCGCCUCCGUACAUGCAAGCUGGCGUGUAUCCGCCUGGAUACCUGCCCGGACACUCGAGGUUCAUGUACGCGCAAGAAGGCCCGUCGGCGCAUCCUUCGUACGCUGGCAUUGCGAACCCGUUGUACGGUGGGAUGGCGAAUCCUGUGUACGGUGGCAUCCAGCAAGCACCGCAAGCUCAACUCGGGCCGUACUUCGACGGUCAAGCGUACUCGAUGUCGAAUUACCAUAGCGUGCACUCCCAGGCCCUUCCGCCAACUCAGGCUCUUCCUAUUCAGCGCGGCUAUCAUGGGCGCCUAGACUUUGCGACCGUCAGCCCGCAAGUCGAGCUCGAACAGGCGCCGGAGCUAUCCUAUGUGCGGCAGCGAGUGAGCUACAUUCAACAGCAAGUGGGCUACGGUCAGCAGCAACGGGAUGGACCGGCGCCCGCCAAGCUUGAGCCAAUGGUCAGCCAUGAAGGCGCGUCUGCGCCACCGAGUCCACCGCCAGAAGAGACCGACAAGUACUACGAGAUCCUACCUUGGGCUGUCAACAAGCCGGGUGAUAAGCCCUUGAAGCCGGUGGCGGCCGCGAAGCCUGUUCCUGCAUCUGCGAAGCCUGCGCCUCCCUUCCAGCGAGCUUCGAGCGUCAAGCAGAUCCCGAGCCUCAAGCGAACUCCAAGUCUCAAGCGAACUUCAAGUCUCAAGUGGACUCCGAGCGUCGAUAGCGUUGACGUCGACCCCAUCGAGGCCGCCUUCCACUCCCACGAAAACACGGUGCUCGGCAACUCGGUCGAGGAGGUUCUGGCGCACAUGGACUUGGAGGCCGCUGAGGAAUCGACGCAGACGCCGGUCGUUGCCCGCGACGGGCGGUGCGCUUUCGCGUUCGCUGCUACAAGCGAGAACUCCGCUCUCCGUCUCUCAACGACAGCGACGUCCUUUGGGCCCUUGGGUCCGUACACUGCUCGUCAGGCCAAUGCUUCUCGCGCUCCGCUGCAUGUUUCUAUGUCUGCUGAAGAAGGCGCCGCUGGCUCUGCUGGAGAACGGGCUGUGGUCGAUGACGAAGAGGAAUGGGCUCCGUCCGAGCAUCGGGGCUUCCACUGGUGA